CUCUCUUAAUUUUCCUUAAACAAUUGAAAAACUACCAGAAAGUUGCCAAUGAAUGAUUAUGUCGUUUACGUCCCUUCACUUCAUCCACUCUUUCAUUCAAACUCUCCUUGUGUACCUGAUCAGGGCCAGGCACGUGCUUGCUGCCCAGGAUGCCAAGAGGAGCACCACAUAGUCCCUGCCCUCUGGAAGCCUACCAUCUGGUGGGGAGAGAUGCUUCAAGAUGCUGACACCCAUGGUUCAAGGUGUGCGAUGGCACAAAUCGUUAGAAGAAACCCCCUGAACCAAGGUCUGGACAGAUAAAGGAGACCUCCCCUCCUUUGCCGGCUUUGAAGGAGCAAACUGCCUUGUCCUGAGCUACCAUAUCAGCAAGGAGCUGAAGGCAGCCUCCAACUGAUGUCAGCAAGAAAAUAAGGUCCUCAGUCGACAACCUGCAAGAAACUGAAUACUCCAACAGCUGUAUGAGCUUGGAGGCGCAUCUGACCCCAGUCAAACUUUUGAAGUCCACAGGCAGGGUGUCCUACAGAAGCUGGAGUCCUUCCUCAUGGGGCUAAACACAUACACCUGGCCCAGGAGUCGGACAAACUGAAAGGGAAUCCAGGGAAGGAGAGCGAUUGCAAGCCCAGAUGCUGCUUCACACCAGUGAGGUCUCUUCUGCAGAGGUACGCAUCGGGCCCAUGAGACUGACGCAGGAUCCUAUCCAGGUUUUGCUGAUCUUUGCAAAGGAAGACAGUCAGAGUGAUGGAUUCUGGUGGGCCUGUGACAGAGCCGGUUACAGAUGUAAUAUUGCUCGGACUCCGGAGUCAGCCCUGGAAUGCUUUCUAGAUAAACAUCAUGAGAUUAUUGUGAUCGACCACAGACAAACUCGAAACUUUGAUGCAGAAGCAGUGUGCAGGUCGAUCCGGGCCACAAAUCCCUCGGAGCACACGGUGAUUCUUGCGGUGGUUUCACAAGCAUCCGGCGACUAUGAAGAGGCCUCGGUCCUCCCUCUUCUGCACGCAGGCUUCAACCGGAGAUUUAUGGAGAAUAGCAGCAUAAUUGCUUGCUAUAAUGAACUGAUUCAAAUAGAACAUGGGGAAGUUCGCUCACAGUUCAAGUUAAGGGCCUGUAAUUCAGUGUUUACAGCAUUAGACCACUGUCAUGAAGCCAUAGAAAUCACAAGCGAUGACCACGUGAUUCAGUAUGUCAACCCAGCCUUCGAAAGGAUGAUGGGCUACCACAAAGGUGAGCUCCUGGGGAAAGAACUCGCCGAGCUGCCCAAAAGUGACAAGAACCGGGCGGACCUUCUUGACACCAUCAACACCUGCAUCAAGAAGGGCAAGGAGUGGCAGGGGGUUUACUAUGCCAGACGGAAAUCCGGCGACAGCAUCCAACAGCAUGUGAAGAUCACUCCAGUGAUUGGCCAAGGAGGGAAAAUUAGGCAUUUUGUCUCCCUCAAGAAACUGUGUUGUACCACUGACAAAAAUAAGCAGAUUCACAAGGUUCAUCGUGACUCAGGAGAUAAUUCUCAAACAGAGUCUCAUUCAUUCAGACACAAGAACAGGAGGAAAGAGUCCAUUGAUGUGAAAUCAAUAUCAUCUCGAGGCAGUGAUGCACCAAGCCUACAGAAUCGUCGCUACCCAUCCAUGGCAAGGAUCCAUUCCAUGACCAUCGAGGCUCCCAUCACAAAGGUUAUAAAUAUAAUCAAUGCAGCCCAAGAAAACAGUCCUGUCACAGUAGCAGAAGCCUUGGACAGAGUUUUAGAAAUUUUACGGACCACAGAACUGUACUCCCCUCAGCUGGGUACCAAAGAUGAAGAUCCCCACACCAGUGAUCUCGUGGGAGGCCUGAUGACUGAUGGCUUGAGAAGGUUGUCAGGAAACGAGUAUGUGUUCACCAAGAAUGUGCCCCAGAGUCACAGUCACCUUGGGAUGCCAGUAACCAUCAACGAUGUCCCCCCUUCUAUCGCUCAAUUACUUGAUAAUGAGGAAAGCUGGGAGUUCAACAUAUUUGAAUUGGAAGCUGUGACACACAAAAGGCCAUUGGUUUACCUGGGCUUAAAAGUCUUUUCCCGGUUUGGAGUAUGUGAAUUUUUACACUGUUCUGAAACUACCCUUCGGGCCUGGCUCCAAGUGAUUGAAUCCAACUACCACUCCUCCAACGCUUACCACAACUCCACUCAUGCCGCUGAUGUCCUGCACGCCACUGCCUUCUUCCUCGGAAAAGAAAGAGUGAAGGGAAGCCUCGAUCAGCUAGAUGAGGUGGCUGCCCUGAUUGCUGCCACAGUCCAUGACGUGGAUCACCCAGGAAGGACCAACUCUUUCCUGUGCAACGCAGGCAGUGAACUCGCCGUGCUCUAUAAUGACACUGCUGUCUUGGAGAGUCACCACACAGCCCUGGCCUUCCAGCUCACGGUCAAGGACAGCAAAUGCAACAUUUUCAAGAAUAUUGACAGGAACCAUUAUCGAACACUGCGCCAGGCUAUUAUUGAUAUGGUUUUAGCAACAGAGAUGACAAAACACUUUGAACAUGUGAACAAAUUUGUGAACAGCAUCAACAAGCCAAUGGCAGCUGAGAUUGAAGGCAGUGACUGUGAAUGCAACCCUACUGGGAAGAACUUUCCUGAAAAUCAAAUCCUGAUUAAGCGCAUGAUGAUUAAGUGUGCUGACGUGGCCAAUCCAUGCCGCCCCCUGGACCUAUGUAUCGAAUGGGCCGGAAGGAUCUCCGAGGAGUACUUUGCACAGACUGAUGAAGAGAAGAGACAGGGGCUACCUGUAGUGAUGCCAGUAUUCGACCGGAAUACCUGUAGCAUCCCCAAGUCCCAGAUCUCCUUUAUUGACUACUUCAUAACAGACAUGUUUGAUGCUUGGGAUGCCUUUGCACACCUGCCAACCCUGAUGCAACAUUUGGCCGAUAACUACAAACACUGGAAGACGUUAGAUGACCUAAAGUGCAAAAGUCUGAGGCUUCCAUCUGACAGCUAAAGCCAAGACAGAGAAGGUGACCUCUUGAUCUACAAAGGGCACUGUGAAUCACAGUAGUGUAAACAAGAGGCUUUCCUUCAUAAUGAAAAUGACAGGUGUAGGUUAAGGAGCUAAUGUUUAAUAUCUGACUUUUAAUCAUUCAACUUCCCAAAUUUCAUUUUUAGAAAAUUAUGUUCCAUGAAGAAAAAUUUUGAACAAUCACUUAGUGACAGAACAAACACAUGGCAAAAUCCUUUGCCCUGCUGUCAUCCUGUCUGCCCUCAUCAAACCCUGCAGCUGAUUCACUGUAACUAGCAGGAGACAUGCAGCAAAGACUUGGUGCCCACGAGCCCACCAUCUCUGUGGAUGAUGGACCAUGUAGCUUAGCUAGUGGUUUAGCUCAUCUUUUACCAUGAAAGUCACCAUCACUGUUUAGCUUGACUAUUUUCCUCAAGAGCAUCAAUCUAAAAGGCUCAUAAGAAUAUCUAAGAAAAGAAACCCAUAUAAAGUGAGCAAAACAACUAGGACCAAACUGCUGAUAAACUAGUUAGCUUCAGAGCCUCCAUGGCUAGGUGGUUCUGAUCAAUGGUGUAACACCCAAGUUAGAACAUAGUCUGUCUUGGCCUGGUGAGUGCCUUCUCUAGACUGGUAUCAGCAGCCUGUGUAGUCCUCUCUCCUACAAAAGGGAUUCAUCUUAACAGAAAGUCAACCAUGAUGGGGAAGGAAGUGACAUCUUGUCUGUGGGGAAUCCAAGAGCUUUCUCCCUUUAUUUCUGGUUUACAGAGGCAGUUACAAGGCACUACAGUAGGUAUUAUAUACAAGCCAUUAAUCUGAAUGCCCUUGGACAAGCUUUUUUUUAAAAAAAAAAUUUAUAUACAUUUGCUGUUUAAAAUUUUUAUUAAAGCAAUCUAAAUUUUCAGGGUUUAAGUCCAUGGAGUACGUUGUGCCGAGUACUGAGGAGACAGAGGAAGUUUCAAGGUUCAGAUGUUUUUAACCUAUCUAUAUUUAAGAUCAUGCCAUUUUGCUUUAAUGAUGAAAAAAAGAUUGCAAGGUGUGUAAAUAUAUCAGAAAAUAGCAUAUGGGGAAGCAGUAAAUACUAUUUUAAGCUAUUAAUUGUAUGCUAAAAGCUUCUAAAGCACAAGUGCAUAUUUUUAUACAGCUCUUUUCACAACUUUCUGUGGUCUACAUGAAGUCAGACUUGAGAUUUUCUUUUCUCUUUUACCAGCCAACCCUUCUCUAUGUAUUAUAAAUUAGAGAUUCUGUAAACAAAAUCUUUGUUUUUCUUUCAAAUUCUCUGUACUUCAUGCUGCAUUUCUAAGAGGUAUAAACAGAGACUAAAUUAACUGAACCAGUAGUUAGUUACUUUUUUCAAAUGAAAAUUGGAAUGCAGAACACGUGGACCUAGUACAUGGGGGCAAAAAUUACUUAUCACUACAAAACAUGCCAAUGUUUUUUUCUAUGUUUUGUACCAACAAAUGGAAACAUAUAUGACAAUUCCAUGCAAAGAAAUGUACCUAAAUUAUUUUUGUUAGAUGGUAAGAGAACUUGCUUGGUCAGGACAGCAGCUAGCUUUGUAUUGUAAUGCUGCACUAAGUAAAUGUGAUGAAAAUGUUUUUGUGAAGUACUUGUAACUAAAUUCCUACAGCCAUUUUUCAUUCCUAACAGCUGUUUUUAUUUUACCUCUUUGGCCUAAAUUUUUCAUAAUUUCAA